AUGACGACAACGACGUCGAGAAAGAGACGAGCCUCCAAAAUCCUCGAGCGGCAGCCGUUGUCCAGAAAUCCCGAUAUCUCCACGAGUCCUGAAGGCCGAAUACUGCGAUACAAGUUCGAACCUCUCGUAUACGCGAACGAGAUCCGCCUCCUUCGAGUCACGAAAUCAUCCUCCCAUGAAGGAUGGGAAUACAGCAUUGAACACCAUGUGUUGGAGACUGCCCCGUCUUUCGAGACUGUUUCAUACGUCUGGGGUGAUGGGAAUCAACGACAUACUCUUAGCAUCGGGGUGACACCGGGUGAUAGAUCAUACGCAAUAUUCAUCAAUGAGAAUUUGCAAGAGGCGAUUCCUUGGCUUUCCUGGCAUUGUCGCACUGGAUAUCUUUGGAUAGACCAGAUCUGUAUUAAUCAGAUCAGCAUCAACGAGAGGAACCACCAAGUUAAGAUUAUGGGAAAGAUUUACAGUCACGGUAAGCGGGUUCUAGUAUGGCUG